GACAGGCAACAGGUACCUUGCUCUCUGACAGCCCAAGACACAGCUCAGCAACAGCUGUUAGUUCCUGCUCAACCUGCUGCAGCUUUUGGAGGGGGAACAGAAUAGUCUCUGACAGAACCUGUUCUUCAUCGGGUGUUUGGAAGAACUUGAAAAACUGGAAUAGUCUUUAAGAAGCUGACUGAGUGGAAGACAGCCUGCUAGACACCACCAGCUGUUGAUCCCUGUGCUGAAAAUACAAGAAAAAUGUCUCUUAUGAAGGAACGUAAACCCAAAAAGCCUCAUUACAUUCCCCGGCCACCAGGAAAGCCAUUCAAGUACAAGUGCUUUCAGUGUCCGUUUACCUGCAAUGAGAAAUCUCAUCUUUUUAAUCACAUGAAGUACGGCCUCUGCAAAAAUUCCAUCACGGUUGUCACUGACCAGGAUCGUAUCAUUAAAAACCCAAAAGUCAACUCUAUGGACCAGAAUCAGACAAGCAACGAACCCUUUGCAAAAUCUUCAGUUCCUGCUAUAAAUUCCAGUCUGGAAUCCAAAAUGCUACACAGUGUAGCUAGGGAAGAAGCAAAGGAGAAUCUAGAUCUUAAAAAUGAGCCCAAGUCUCAUGCUGAAAAGACAACAGUUUCCAAAGAAUUCACUCUGUCUCCACCAGUAGCCAUCAGUCAAAUCAACAAGCCGCCAAGUUUGGAUGGUGUUAUGAGGCCUUCAGCCUUUAUUCCAGUUGGGGAACACAGAGUGAAAAAGGGAGCAGAAAAUCGAACAAUUCCUGAACUUACUUCAAUAUCGGCUGAACCAGCCAAAGGGGUGCACAGUAUUAAAUCUGCAUUCCAUAGUCUGCCAACUCCAUGGAAAUCUGGACUUGUUUCUCCUGACUUUAGCCAAAAGUCCUCAAUACCGCGUUACAUCCGCCCAAUGAUCUCAGAAUACCCUCCACAAUUUUAUUCAGAAGCAGGUCUACCUGCAGUUUUUUCUCCAUACUUGUUUCCACAAACAGAGUGUGAAAAUCCAAUGCUCUCAAUCUACUCAACACCAGACCAAAGACCAUAUCUUCCACAUCCUCUGCAACCUUCAGGAUUACCCUUGCCAAAACCUAUCAAUGCACCGUUUGAGCAUUACAGACUUCUACAACAGUUCCAGCAGAAUCCCCAAUUGCAUUACGGAUUUUACAGGCCAACAGAACAUCCAUAUUUUUCUUAUGGCUUGAAGGUACCCCCUGCGCCUGGUCUCUCCAAAGAGCACACUUCUCAAUCAAUGGACAGCCCAACCUUUAUCUACCCAUCUUCACAUCCAUCUAGAUUGUAUCCUCUGGAAGGUUUUCAAAAGUUGUUUGAAAUUCAAAAGGAAACGCCACCCGUUCUGGCAAAGAACCUUGACUCCAAAAGUGAUUCUGAAAGUGUGAAAAUGAGUCCAAGAGCAGGAAGUGCAGCAACUGGAUCUCCUGAAAGACCCAGCCCAACCAACUUUACCCAGAGCAGCCAGGGCCAUGAAGGCAUCUUUGACCUCUCUACCAAGUCCAUUUCAACAUCUGAUAAGAUAGGAAAAGACUUCACAAGUGGCAAAGCUAUGAGGAAAAGCACAGAUUCUCAAACAAUUAUCAGCAGAGAAAACUCUCCAAGCUUUGGGAAUGAUGGAGUCCAGUCCCACUCAGAGGGUAUCACUGUCACCGAUGACGCUGUGCAUGAUGACACAAUUGCACCUCUUAACCUUUCCAAGAAAUCGGAGGUUGAGUCUAGGGAUAUUGUUGAUACAGUAAACAACAGCGACUUUACCAAUGAGCGUGUAGGAUUUAUGGAGAUGCAAGACUUGCCUUUAAACCUUUCGGUUAAAGAUUCUGGCAGCAACCACAAUACACUAUGUGCAGAUGAAAGAGUCUUAUUACCAAGACAGAGCACAAGUCCCCCAGUUUAUCAGGCCAUUCAAACCACGGACAAUCGGGCUCCCACUACUACAGGCAUACACUCUUUAGGCAUCAUUGAGAACUGUGACGAGCAAAAACAGUCAGCAGCAGUUGCCCUUUGCCAGCUAGCCACAUCCAGUCCUGGUGUACCGCCAAGAGGAACAGAGGAUGAAUUCCCGGAGAAAGAGACAGUAGUCCCCGAGCAGGUUCAACCAAGAUCUCCAGCAGCCCAAGAAACAGAGACUGAUGUUGGUGCAAGGGGACAGAAGAGAACAAACUCUAAGGAACUUGGGAAAUCUCAAAGCUCAACUAAAAAACAGAAAGCUGUAGAUUCUGGAAGAAUGUUUACCCUUCGAAAAAGACCCAGGGUAUCAUAGUUUGGAAUAGCAAUAAGACCUCUAUGGACCCCUAAAAUAUAUAUGUUAAAAGUGACAUUUUUUGUAGACAAUAAUCUCGGGGUUAGAAAUAACGAAAAUCUUUAGUUCUAAGAAAUAAGCUGGCAGUUUGAACAUCCCAACAGUAUUAAAGAUAAGAAAAUGAAAAAUACAAUAAAAAUAGCAUAUACUCAAUCUUCACUUAUUUCGAGGGUCCUCGGUUUUGUACAUAUGAAGUUAUUAAAAAUGUAAAUGGUAUUUGAAGUUAUUAUUCCUGUAUAGUUUUGCAAAUAUGGUCUUCCAAAUUGGUCUUCCUUAUCCCUCUUCUAUCUAAGGGGUAAUAUUUAUCAAAAUGAAUUCAAGAGGACGAAAAGGUCCAGAAAGCUAAUAUUUAGCAGCAUUGUCUAUUUUGAAAAGAGAAUGGAAAAAAAGUAAAAAAAAUAUAAAAUGUUCUGCAAGCUACAAAGUACGUACCUCAAAUCUGAAGGAAUUAUGCUUUGUAUUAUCUAAUAAUUGUAUAAGCCACUGCUGUAUAUUUAUGUAUAAAUAUGUGCAUUUUUCUGCAGAGUUUUUUUUUAAAAUGUGAAAGCUGCACUGUUUUCUGCAAAGGCAACACUCUGUGCUUUUUUGUGUAAUAUUUAUCUAUAUAAUGUAAUUUAUUUUAAUAGAAGUGAAAGCACUGCUAGCACUAUACCUGUAUAUAGGAAACGAGGGGGAAAGAGCAGAUAAAUCAAAUGUGUUUCUUACUAUAACUGGGAAGUAUGACUCUUUGCCUUAACAUGUCUGUUUGAAACUCAUAAUAAAAUAUAAAUAUAUUUGAAAAA